GGCGCAAUUAAUGGAGGAGGCACGUUUUGAGGAGGCGAGGGAGGGGGCAAUUGAGCUCAGGCGGCCCCAGCGAUGCCCUAUUGGAUUACGUGGGGAUCUCGUUGCUGGUGAAGCAUAGUGGCGUGCAAGGCCCUUCCCUCUGUCUGGCCAAAUUUCUGUCCUUGGUUACAUGCCGACAACCUCAUUGACAUUGAAAUUGCAGGGGUGUAACUAAGGGUGCUCAUUGCCAUCCGCUUACAGAACAUACAUGAAUAAAGUGACACCCCAGACUCCUUUGAGCAAUUGAUAGAGGAAACUUUAACCUGAGAAUGAAGAGAUAAACACUCAGCAGAACCGUAUGAUUGAAACCACAACCCAGCCCUCUGCUGUUGGACAAGGCUUUGUCCUUUUGCCCUGUACAACCGAUGUUGCAGUAGUUCAGAUGGAUCGCAGCAAGGAGGCAGAGAUGGAAUUACGAAGAUCCUCUAGUCCUAGCAAGGUAAACAAGAGCGACAUUGAUGGAGACAAGUCCAUGUGCCACAGCUGCUGCAUCUGUGGCAAGAGUUUUCCUUUUCAGAGCUCCCUGUCUCAGCACAUGAGGAAGCACACAGGAGAGAAGCCCUAUAAAUGUCCUUACUGCGACCAUAGAGCUUCCCAAAAGGGCAAUCUGAAGAUACACAUUCGGAGUCACAGAACAGGCACUUUAAGUCAGGGGCAUGAGGUGGAGAUGGGAGAAGCACAGCUUGGAGAGAUGGGAGUCUCAGAAGGCCUUGACGGAUGUACCAGCCCCACCAAAAGUACAUCUGCCUGCAACAAGAUUCUGAACGGGGCAACUCAGGCAGACAACAGCAAGAUUUUGUUGAGAAGCAGCAAGAAGGAGGUUGUCACAGAGGCACCACCUGCAGAAGAUUGCAAGCUACCCACUUAUCAGUGCACCUUCUGCAAAAACAAGUUUGAGAGAAAGAAAGACCUGGAACAGCACCUACAUCAAGUCCAUAAGCCGUACAAAUGCAGGCUUUGUAGCUACAUGACAUUAAGAGAAGAGACACUGUUAAACCAUAUAGAGAAAGACCAUAUUACAGCUCAAAUUCCAAACGGGGAAGCUUACACCGAGAAUUGCAAGAGUGAGCUGAAUGCAGGGGAAUUUCCUUGUGAAGUCUGUGGUCAGGCCUUCAGUCAAACCUGGUUUCUCAAAGCUCACAUGAAAAAGCAUAGAGGAUCAUUUGAUCAUGGAUGCCACAUUUGUGGCAGAAGAUUUAAAGAACCCUGGUUUCUCAAAAACCACAUGAAAUCACACGGUCCAAAGACGGGGAGCAAAAACAAACCAAAAAAUGAUUUAGAGCCCAUAGCCACUAUUAAUAAUGUGAUUCAGGAGGAAACAAUUGUGACUGGCUUAUCUCUGUAUGAAGUUUGCACCAAGUGUGGGAAUCUGUUUACAAAUAUGGAAAGCCUAAAAGCACACAAUGCUGUUCACUUGAGAGCUCAAAGAAGCAGUACUGAGAACAAGGCUGAGGGGUUAAUUGAUGGAAGCCUAGAUCCAUCUGUAAAUAAGCAAUUUUUCUUACAGUGCCUGAAUCUGAGGCCAGCUGUAGGGAUAGAUAGAGUUACAAGUGGACAGCCUGGAAAAAGGGUAGCUGAGCUGGAUCCAGUCAGUAGCUACCAGGCCUGGCAGCUGGCCACCAAAGGAAAAGUAGCGGAGCCUUCUGAGUAUGUAAAAUAUGUGGGAUGGGAUGAAGUCCUUGCUGAUGCAGAUGUGACUUAUGACAAGGAUAAAAGAGAAUAUAUUCUUGUCAGCCAGGAGAAGCGCAAGCGAGAUCAGGAUUCACCCAGCUCCUCCAGCAACCCCAAGAAGAAAAGCUGUGUCAGUGGGCGCUUGGAGAAGAACAGCAAUGUGCAACAAGGAGAAAACUGUAUCCUUGCCCAGAGCGACCUGGACUACAGACCCUCCUCAAGGCAGAGCAGAAGGGCAUCCCAAAACAAGUCUACCGAGUGCUUUGAGUGUGGAAAGAUUUUCCGCACCUACCACCAAAUGGUGCUCCAUUCGCGGGUGCACAGGAAAGAACGCAGGAGCUGCAGUGAGAGUGGGACCAUUGCUCAGCCAGACCGGUAUGGAUCCAGCAGUGAAGAAGGGGAUUCUGGUUCUGUUAGUGGGCCAAGCACUCCAGGCUCAGCGUCUGCCCCAGAAGAUUCUGUGACCUCUGGAAUGGGUGAGGAGGGUGCUGAGGACAGCUCUGAGGAAGGAGUAUCUGAACCAUCACUAGGUAAAAAGCCAUACCACUGCAGUUUUUCUGAAGAGGGGGCACCAAUGGUAACAUCUCAGGUAGAAGAGCUUCCUAAAUUUGGAAGUGACAAUGCCAGAGAAAAAGAUGCCAAUGAAUCUAAACCAGAACUAUCAACUUUGGUAUCUACCCUGGAAAACAAUAUCAAACGGCCCUUUCCAAAGUAUGAAGCUCAGAGAAAUUCUUCAGACUUAAAGAUGCCAGUGUUUCAACCUAGACAAGAGCUUCCCUGCUCCAGUAGUACUGCUGACUUUGCUUCAGGAGUGGGCCAGACAUCUUUAGAUGCGGCAGUGGACUUGAAAACCUCAUUGGAAAAGCAGGCUAGUCAGCCUAAAGAAAAUUUCUCAGACUUGUGCAGGGAGUACCCUGUUCUCGAAAAAGGGAGAGAGGCACAAGAUAUGGUUCCACUAGAUUUAAGUGAAAAAUCAACGAGGGCUGAUUCAUGCAAUAAGGGUUUUACCUCAUCUUUGCAGGCUGAUUUGAUUGUCCACCCAUGUCCUUACUGCAACCAUAAGACCUAUUACCCUGAAGUCCUGUGGAUGCACAAAAAAAUUUGGCACAAAGUCAGCUGUAACUCGAUGGCUCCACCAUGGAUUCAACAAAAUGGAUUCAAGAGUAUAAAAAACAACUUGGUUUUUCUGGCAAGAAGUGGACGCACUGGUCCUCCUCCAUCCCUUGGUGGUAAAGAAUGCCCACCUUUGCCUGUUGCCAGAUUUACACGCACUCAAGUACCAAGUGCGUUGCCAGGAUCCAAAAGCAAUUCUUCCCCUGUUGGGAUGACUACAAAGCCUGGUAGUAUGCAUCAGUCUAAGGACAGCCAUUCGUUUGGCCACUGCGGUCCACGGUCAUCAGGUCUUGAUGGGUACAGGCAGCCCAAAUCAAACCAUACCCAGGAGCAGCACAGCAUAGCAGCACAACAGCCUCAACUUAAAGCUAAAUAUGAAGUAAACUCCAAACUGAUGCAAGCGGGAAGCUUUAGUAGAAGCCUAACACCCACCCAGACAGUCGUCUCAAGGCCCACCUCACAGCCUGCCAACAGUAAACAGGUGGAGAAGUAUAUGAUUCCCCAAGGAAGUGCUGGUUUUCACUCUUCAAGUAAGCAUUGUGCAUCUGACCCCAUAAAAGCCAAAUUCAACCCACUGCCUCAGUAUCACCCUCUGUGUAAAACUGAGCAGUACAGUAAACAUGAAGAUCCAUCAGUGCCUCAACGGGAAUCUCACACCAAGGCAGGAAAUGAGAUGAGGACGUUGGCAAACUGCACAACAGGAGCAAGAGCGAGUCCACUAAUGCAGCCUCAGCCUAGCACAGCAGGAGCUUCUCCAGCUUUACACUCCAUCAAACAAGAACCAGCAUCAGAGGGGCACGAGAAACGUUUGGACAUUUUUUUUAAGACCUACAUUCCAAAGGACCUUGCUUCGUUGUACCAAACCUGGGGUGCCAAUAGCCCUGUGCUGGAUCAUGCAGGGAUGCUUAGGACACAAACACGCCAAGGAGACUAUGUCUGCAUAGAAUGCGGAAAAUGCUUUAACCAGCACAGUCACUUCCGGACUCAUAUGAGGUCCCACACAGUGGUAUUUGAGUCUAAUGGACUCCGAGGUACUGAAGUUCACACCACCUCCGCAGAUGCCCCAAAACAAGGGAGAGACCAUUCCAAUGCAGAUAUUGUCCAUACAGUGCCUCUCAGAAAGGGAACCUAAAAACACAUGUACAGUGUGUGCACCGGGUACCCUUUGACAACAGCCAGUACCCUGAUCGACGAUUCCAACAACCACAAAGUGAUGAUCCCAACAACCCUAUAGAAGAACAGCUGGAAAACUUCCCUACAAGCCAUCAAAUCUCUGGAGUCACUGUGCUAGAGUGAAAACAGUGCUCUGCUAGAAUGGAGAUGCCUCUGCACUGUUAAUCAUUUUAAAAUAAAUGAAGAUGCUACACAAGAUAUAUAUAAAUUGACAUACUAAUCAGUCCCAUGGUUCCUUAUUUCCUUUAUAAUAAACAGUGGAGUUGGCAAGCACUGUGGCAGUGCAAGGCAUCUAUAUUAAUCAAGAUAAGUUUGAGACACUGGAAUAAUUAAACUAUAUGUGAUUUGGACAGCGUGAAGAAUUUAAGUACUGUAACAAAAACCUCCCUGAUGCUCAGAAUGACUAUUUGAUACAUUUGAAAAACAGCAGUGGAUUUGGGGGCCGAACAAGUAUUAAUUAAUGAAACUGCCACUGCUUGUCAUGAGGAAAAAUAAACUUUUAAAAAGGAGGACGGGGAGGGGGAAAGAGGUGGCAUUUGGUGCUUUGGAGAGCAGUGCUUGAUGAAGGACUAAAGAGGAGACCAUCAUUCUACAAUGGUUUGUUUCAUUACAGUUUGGGGACCACUUGCAUUUCUAAAUCUCUUGUUCUUGACUGCGCACCAUUAAUAGUAUGUGAAUAUGGAAAUUGAAACACUUCCACAGAAAUGCUUAUAUUCUGCGUUGGAAAAGAAAAAGCUGGUUGAACACUAAGAAAAAUAGGCUUUGGUGUUUUACUCUCAGGACCUUUUUUGUAACAGGGCUACUUUCUUUGACCUGAUCACAAAGGAAGUCUGCACGUUUUAAAAAAUUAUUCAGCUGUUUAAAGCCACUGAUCUGUACGUUUUUAAUAGAAAAGGAGUCGCUGAACAAGUUCAGGCUGACCUAGGCCCUUAGGGUACUGGACGCUCCUGUAUUUUUGUUCAGCAAGCCAGUUACCCUUCCUUUCUGGGCUUGGUGACAUUUUGAAAAGAUGAGUAACUUCUUUUGUGGUGGCAGGUUAAUGUUCAUAUAAUGUGUCAUGUCUUGUACUUGGUUAUCACUGGUGGUGUUAGGAGGGAAAAAAGAGCUUUAUAUACCUCUUCUACAGUAACUCUUUUAAAUGCAAGUUUUCAAGGUGGAGGUUGUGGCACAUAGGUUGGUAAACCAUGCAGUGUAAGCAAUUUAAAAAAAUGUAUUCCACAGAUAUAAAUAUUUUCUUUUCUCAUUGCUGUGACACUGUGUGUGAUGGUAAUAUUUCUGAGAGUUUCAGAUUUUGCACAUAUAAUUUUAUGCAUUAUCAAAAGUUACUGCUGCCUUGAAAGAAAAUGUUCUGUGAAAUUUUUUGCAAAAGCUUUACUAGGUGUUUUUUUUUAAUUGUAACAUUUUGUAAAGGCAGGAAAUGGAUUAAAAAAAACUAGCAUGCUAAUUAUAUUUUUCAAAAAAAAGCAAUAAUUUUACAUGUACAGAAAUGAUGCUAACCUUUAAUACCGGCAAGAGCAACAGUUUACUUAAUACAAUAAUGGAAUAGUGCUGUUUUUGUAGUAAAUGGGCUUCUGACACAGAGAUUUGUUUAAAAAAACAAAACAAAAAACAUAAAGCGUGAUUUUUCUGUUCUAACCAUUUUUUUUGUUUGCUUGGGUUUUUUUUAGGGUUUUUUUUAUUUGUUUUGCUUUGUUUGUUUUUAAACCUAGUCAAUAAUUGGUUCUGGCUACUACUUGUUACUUGUUGUGAAUUACUUGACAGUUCUUGUUACUUUGCAACACUUGCAAAAAUGCAAAUAUAACUUUCAUAUGUAAUUUUUUUUACUAAUUUUUUUCUCAUACUUUUACACCAGAUGUAUACCAGAAUUCUCUGUAGUCCUGGUGUAGUUAGGAAUGUCUGUGCAAAUACUUAUAAGUGACUGUCAUUGACUGUUUUGUAAAGUUAUUUUGAGGGAAGUCGCCAGACACAUUCCACUGUGUGUACACACACAGACACAUACACGCAAAAUUGCUGUGUGGAUUAAUGAUCAUCAUUUUGGGGUUUGCACUAGCUUUUUUGGUUGCUUUCUGAGUCAUAUUUUUCUUUGAUGAAAGUAAUGAUGACAGUUCAGGAAUGCACGAAAGCUAGUUGCUUAUCUUAUUUGUUUGUGUUUUAGUUAUUAAAAUCUCUUCUGUACCCAAAAUGGCAUAAAAGUGUAGUGUACAUUUGUAAUUUUUUUUAUUUUUUCCUGUUUUGCAAGCUGAUGUGGAAAAUCAUAAUUAAUAUUUAGAGCAGAUGUUGCUUUCUGGAACCUUUUUUCCAGAAUACCUGACAGAGGCGAGGAUAGUGCUGUCACUGCCAUUACCGGGGUACUAAUCAGCAAAGUUACAAUCAUAAUUUAGCUACAUGAAGAACAACAGUAAGGGAAAUCAGUUUAAAUAAUUAUAUGCUUUGUAUAGCACAGAAAUGAGAUUUUCACAUAAUUAAACAGGAAAUGGGAGGAGUUGGUGAGAGAGAGCCAACCUUGAAGACCAGCCACUUUCAGAUGUGAAUCCUAGGCUUUCUUGUUCCUUCUUUAUCAUUGUAUUGUAUUGAUUUUUUAAUUCAGUUAGACCAUAGUAUUUAAAAUGAUUUGUGUUCUUUAUUUAUUUAGUUAAUUGGUUUUGAUCAGCUUUUUUAAACAGCAUGAUGAUUUUUUAGCAUGACACACUCCUGUAAGCCAUCUUCUGACUGUUACAGACUUUCUACUACCUCUACCAAUCUACUGUUUCCUCCCCUUAACAGGGUUUUACAGUGUUGCAGUCUAAUGUAACUUAGCCAAUAAAGGGUAUGAUUAUCUAUACUGCAGAUUCUCAGUGUAUCUGCCAGCCCUCUUUUUUUCUCUCUCUUUUUGCCUUUAUUUUUCGUCAUACUUAAAAAAGCAGGUGACAGAGAGAUUUUUUCUACAGUAAAUGUUUUAGAUUGACCAAAAUUUUGUCAGACUCAAAGUAACCUCUUCUUGAAGAUAAUCAACUAGUGUAUUGUUGUGUUUCUGUUUGCAUCCUGGAAUUCUUACUGUCAAAAAUGUAUGACUAAAUUCUUGCAUGGUUUUAAAAAAAAGGGGGGUGGGAGGGAGCAAAUCAUAAAGCCAAAACAGGUUUUAGUUUUGUGUUUCAAAACCACUUAGUGAAAAGCUCAGCACAAAUUGCCAUCCCCACCCCAAGAAAGACACUG